ACAUGUUUUUUGAGAUGCGAAUCGAGUAAGAGGUAGACAUUUAUUUCCGCGUUUUGUCCAACAAUGUCGAACAUGAAGUAUAUUUUGGUGACUGGCGGCGUUAUCAGCGGCGUCGGUAAAGGAGUUAUAUCCAGUGCUUUCGGAGCUAUAUUAAAAAGUUGCGGCAUCGAAGUAACUUCCAUUAAAAUUGAUCCGUACAUCAAUUUGGAUGCUGGCACGUUUUCUCCCUACGAGCACGGCGAGGUUUACGUGUUGGACGACGGGGGCGAAGUGGAUUUGGACUUGGGCAAUUACGAACGAUUCCUGAACAUCACCCUUCACAGACAGAACAACAUCACAACUGGUAAAAUAUACAAACAAGUCAUUGAUAGGGAGCGACAGGGGGAUUAUCUUGGCAAAACAGUACAAGUUGUACCACAUGUCACAGAUGCCAUACAAGAAUGGGUGGAGAAGGUGGCACACAAACCAGUCUCAGAGACUGGGAAGGUGCCUGAAGUUUGUAUUAUUGAAUUGGGAGGCAUUGUUGGUGACAUUGAAAGCAUGGCAUUUGUUGAGGCAUUCAGGCAAUUUCAAUUCAGGGUGAAGAGAGAGAAUUUCUGUGUGGCACAUGUGUCACUUGUACCACAGCCAAAAACUACUGGUGAGCAUAAAACCAAACCAACACAAUCAUCAGUCAGGGAGCUCAGAGGACUGGGUCUGUCCCCCGAUAUAAUAGUAUGUAGGUCCGAACGUCCAAUUGGAGACAGUGUGAAAGACAAGAUUUCCAACUUUUGCCAUGUAGCCCCUGAGCAAAUCAUCAGUAUACCAGACUUGUCGUCUGUAUACGAAGUCCCGGUAUUCAUGGAAAAUCACGGUAUGUCGUCCUACUUGAACGAGCGUCUCAAACUAGGUUUGGACGUCACAAAAACGGGGAAACGGUACAUGAAAGCGUGGAUAGAUCUGAGUGAACGAAUGAAGCACUUGAAGGGUGAAGUUAUUGUGGCAAUCGUCGGCAAAUACACGAGAUUGGAAGAUUCUUACACGUCAGUCACCAAGGCUUUACAUCAUGCUGGCAUUAAGGCUGGAUUCAAGGUACAAAUCAAAUUUAUUGAAGCUUCCAACUUGGAGGAGACCAUGUUGAACGACGAUCCAGUUUCAUAUCACAAUGCCUGGCAUUCUCUGUGUUUGUGCGACGCUGUAGUUGUGCCGGGAGGUUUCGGCAAGAGAGGCGUCGAAGGUAAAAUGGUGGCGUGCAAGUGGUGCAGAACCAACAACAAACCAUUCCUGGGUAUUUGUUUGGGCUUCCAGACUGCUGUGAUCGAGUUCGCACGAAACGUUCUCAAAUUAAAGGAUGCUAAUUCCUCAGAAGUCGUAGAGGAUAUAGAAAAUCCAGUCAUAAUAGACAUGCCUGAGUACAACACUUCAGAAAAGGGAGGAACCAUGAGGCUUGGCAAGAGACCUACAAUUUUCAGAAACUGCAUAGAAGGCAGCAAAAUCAAACAACUGUAUGGUAACAAAGAUACAAUAUAUGAAAGACAUAGGCACAGAUAUGAAGUAAAUCAAAAGUAUUUAGAACAGUUGGAGAAGAGCGGACUUAAAUUCGUAGGUUCUAGCACAGACGGAGAACGUUUAGAAAUUUUCGAACUGGAAAAACAUCCCUAUUACGUGGGUGUCCAAUAUCAUCCAGAAUAUUUGUCAAGGCCUCUGAAUCCAUCGCCGCCCUUCCUUGGACUUAUCCUUGCCGCCAAAGAUAAGCUGAAGGGUUAUUUGGCGAAGGGUUGCAAAUUUUCGCCCAGAGAGCCUCAAUCUGAAUAUUAUGAUUCAGAAGGGGAUGAGAUGCUUGAUGAACUUACAGUGAAGGUAAAUAAUUUAUCUGCCAAUGACACAGACAGCAGUGCGUACAGCAGUUCAAGCUUAAAUUAGUGAAUAUCCAAGUAUUUCAGAAUUGUGAUUUGACUAAUUCCUGUUUUUAUUUUUAUGAUUUCAAUUAUUUUUAAGAAUUGAAUUUAUUUUCAUAUACAUUUUAAAAUGUAAUAUUGUUUUAAUAAACAAUAAUUAUUAA